CCGGCGCAGCCCGGACCGAAAUCUUGCGGCGGCCUCGGAGCCUUAGACAGGAUGCGGCUGGGCCGCCGCGCCCUCUGCGCGCUGGCCUUGCUGCUCGCCUGCGCCUCGCUUGGGCUCCUCUACGCUAGCACCCGGAGCGCGCCGGGCCUCCGCGCACCUCUGGCGCUGUGGGCACCCCCGCAUAGCGUCCCCAGGCCGGAGCUGCUAGACCUGGCCCCUGAGCCGCGCUACGCGCACAUCCCGGUCAAAAUCAAGGAGCAAGUGAUCGGGCUACUGGCCCAGAACAGCUGUACCUGUGAGUCCAGCGGAGGGGGCCUGCCCCUCCCCUUCCAGAAGCAGGUCCGGGCUAUUGACCUCACCAAGGCCUUUAACUCUGAGGAGCUGAAGGCCGCCUCUGCAGCAAGGGAGCAGGAGUACCAGGCCUUUCUCUCAAGGAGCCAGUCCCCAGCUGACCAGCUACUCAUAGCCCCUGCCAACUGCCCCCUCCAGUACCCGCUCCAGGGUGUGGAAGUCCAGCCCCUCCGGAGUAUCUUGGUGCCAGGGCUAAGCCUGCAGGCAACUUCUGCUUUGGAAGUCUACCAGGUGAACUUGACCGCCUCCCUAGGCACCUGGGAUGUGGCUGGGGAAGUGAACGGAGUGACCCUCACUGGAGAAGGGCAGUCAGAUCUCACCCUCUCUAGCCCAGGCCUGGACCAGCUCAACCGGCAGCUGCAGCUGGUCAUUUACAGCAGCCGAAGCUACCAGACCAACACAGGGGAUACAGUGCGCUUUGCUACCGAGGGCCACGAAGCUACAUUCACCAUCCGCAUAAGACACCCUCCCAACCCCCGGCUCUACCCACCCGGCUCUCCACCGGACGCAGCCCAGUACAACGUCAGCGCCUUGGUCACCAUUGCCACCAAGACCUUCCUUCGCUACGACCGCCUCCGUGCGCUCAUCGCCAGCAUCCGCCGCUUCUACCCCACCAUCACCGUGAUCGUCGCGGACGACAGCGACAAGCCCGAGCGCAUUAGCGGCCCGUACGUGGAGCACUAUCUAAUGCCCUUUGGCAAGGGCUGGUUCGCAGGCCGCAACCUUGCCGUGUCCCAAGUAACCACCAAGUAUGUACUGUGGGUGGACGACGACUUCGUCUUCACGGCGCGCACGCGGCUAGAGAGGCUUGUGGACGUGCUAGAGAGGACACCGCUAGACCUGGUGGGAGGCGCCGUGCGUGAGAUCUCGGGCUUCGCUACCACUUACCGGCAGCUGUUGAGCGUGGAGCCGGGCUCCCCAGGCCUCGGUAACUGCCUCCGGCAAAGGCGCGGCUUCCACCACGAGCUCGUCGGCUUCCCAGGCUGCGUGGUCACCGACGGCGUGGUCAACUUCUUUCUGGCGCGCACCGAUAAAGUGCGCGAGGUCGGCUUCGACCCGCGCCUGAGCCGCGUGGCGCACCUAGAAUUCUUCCUGGAUGGCCUGGGCUCCCUCCAGGUCGGCUCCUGCUCCGACGUUGUGGUGGAUCACGCCUCCAAGCUGAAGCUGCCCUGGACAGCCCGGGACCCGCGGGCGGAGACCUACGCUCGGUACCGCUACCCCGGCUCCCUGGAGCGCAGCCAGGUGGCCAAGCACCGCCUGCUGUUCUUCAAACACCGGCUGCAGUGCAUGACCGCUGAGUGACUCCGCCCGUCAGUCCCUGGGCUUCCCUACUGCCAGGCUGUGCCUGUCUCCUGGCUCCCCUCAACACAGGCACCCAGGAAUUUCGGACAAACCUUGCCCUCCCACAAGCCCUUCUCCCCAGUGACUCUCCCCACACCCUUAGGACUUAACGCGUCCCCUUUUUUCAGAACCGGAUCUCUAAGAGGGGCUUGUCCUGGUGACACCUCCUCUUUCUGGGAGUGCCCAGAGGCCUGAUGGAGCCAUAACCUCCCCCACAGCCAGUGCCAACUCCUCCCCCUCCCCAUUCUCAAGGGGCAGGAAACAGGGGGCCACUUUCCAAGUGCCAAAGAGCCCAGGGGGGACUCUAUAAACCCCAACGUAGGGGGGGGCACUCCCCUCAUUUCCUUAAGGACAGAGGUGGAUGGGGGGAAGCUCCCCAACACAGAGUCACCCCUACACCUCCACCCUGGAUCCAGGACCCUGUGCACCAACUCCAGCCUGCCCCCACAGAGACUAACUGUGACUCAGGAGCUGGCCCAGCGG